AUGGGUAGCUAUUAUAGAAAAAUAACAGAUGUUCAUUUGAAACGAAACUAUGGAACAGGACUUGGUAUAAUGUUGGCUUGUUUGAUAUGCGGAACCCAAAUAUACCAUAGUGUGCUGAUGGUUUGGGGUAACAUCGUUAUUAUCAAAUGCUGUGAUAGGAGAUAUGUUCACCAAAUAAGCCUGGCGUACACAUGGAUGUAUUUACUGUACGUCCAUAUUUACGUUCUGGACAUAUACGUCAUAUGGAUUCACCAGGCGCUUGCUUUGAGAUUGGUGGGCCUCGCUUUUGAAAUAUUCGUGGCUCAGCGGGCGAAGACUGAGGGCAGAGUUAGUCUCACAAGAAUGACUAUCGGCGAGAAUGAUCUUUUGACUGUCGACCCUAGUGCAAUUGAUAUAAUAACAUACGCGUAUUUCUUCAUCGGUUUGCACAAAGGGCCGUACUAUAGAUGGAAAAUAUUUGAAGAUCAUUUCAAUUCUCCAUUCGCCACGUUAGGUGAUUGCAGAGUGAUUACUGAACAGAAGCUGAAGAAAGUGUGUAUGUGUGCACUGGGUUAUUUGUUGUUACGAAUGAAAUAUUCACCUGAGUUCUACUACACAGAGGAGUUUUACACUGGCGGGUACGGUACAGACUUCCGCUACUUGUACAAUAUACCCCAACUCAUGUCUUACUUCCUACAAUACCAAAUAACAAUGUUGUUAUGUACGAGUGUGUGCACCGAGACCGGGUUUGGUGUGUACCCGGCGAAAUGUCUGCCUGUACCGGGAUUCGGGCCUUCAGCGCGGUUCAGUCUUUUAAAAAUCGCCGCUGCGACUUCUGAAGCUGCGAUGGAAGAGGAGUACAAUUUCUCCAUGCUCAAAUGUUUCGAUCACGAAAAAUUGUUGAUUGGCCCCAAAAUGAAAGACACUAUACGCAGUUGGGACAUGCCAACGCGCUACUGGUUUUGGGCUAAUAUUUAUAAGAACUCGCUGAAAGCAAACAAGGAAGUUCGAAGCGCAUGGUCUUUCUUCGUGUGGACAAUAUGGUGCAGUCCAACAAUUCCUCAAGCCAUCAUAUCCAUGACUUUAUGGGUUUACAUCCACCUGGAGUCCGAAUACAGCGAACUAUAUGAUACAACAGGAACGAUGAAACUUCCCUGGGACAUCGGUUUCUCGAUCAUGCGGCUCUUUUGCCUAAUCUACUUGACGCCAUGUUUUAUUGUCAGCGACACUAGUGUUGUGCUGCAUUAUUACAACUCAAUUCUGUGGAUCUUUCAUAUGUUACUCUUCGUGUUGAUGGUGACUGCUAUUAUUAUAUACAAAACCAGAGAGAGUGAAGCAUAG